GCCAGGAAUGUCUUAGCAUGCGCCGGGUCGGAGCGUUGGGGUCUUGGCUGGAUCUUUUCCUCUGCUAAUCGCGAUACACAAGCGCGCAGCGAUGGGCGCCUACCUGAGCCAACCCGUCACCAAAAAGGUGUCUUCCAACGGGCAAAAUGACUACCUCAGCUACGGAGAGUCCUCAAUGCAAGGAUGGCGGGUAUCACAAGAGGACGCCCACAACAGCCUGCCAGAGCUGCACCCCGGCUGCGCGCUGUUCGCCGUGUACGACGGCCACGGCGGCCACGAGGUGGCUGCCUACACGGCUCAGACGCUGCCCGGCUGCAUCCAGCGCAACCCGCUGUACAGCGCCGGCCAGGUGCGCGAGGGCCUGCGUCAGGCGUUCCUCGACUUCGACGGCACGCUCACCCGGCCGGAGGUGAUCGAGAAGCUGAAGGCUAUCGCUGGACGCGACGCCGACUCGGACGAGGAGGACGAGGCCGACCGCGAGGUGGACGAGCUGUACCAGGAGGCGCACAUGCCGCUGGAGGAGCUGGUCGCCCGCUACCAGGGCGACAAGCCGGCCAGCGACGCCGUCGGCCGCCUCAAGGCCAAGGAGAAGCCGCUGUCACCCUUUCUGCGCGCCAAGCCGGGCUCCUCGGGCGCAGGGACGGCAUCCAACUCGUCGGUCGGCGUCAGCUCGGACGGCAGCGGCGAGCCUGUGCAGAAGGACCUGGCGGCAGAGCUGAACGACGCCGAGUCGAAGCCAGAGGCGGACGCCAAGUCAGAGGCAGACGCCAAGCCGGAGGCAGACGCCAGGCCGGAGGCGGCAGCGGCGUCGGACGUCAAACCAGAGCCGAAGACGAACGGCGCGGGCGGCGCCGCGCCGCCCGGUCCGCCAGACUCGAGCGGCGACGGCGGCGGAGGGACGGCGGCGCGCCGUGGCAAGGGCGGCAAGGGUGCGCGGCCCGGCAGCGGCAACCGCGCCACGCGCCGCAUGCCCGAAAGGGCGGCGGCCGAGAUCUACCGCGAUGUGCUGGAGGGUGCACGGCUGGCGCGCGAGGCGGGCCACGCCGAUGAGGAAGCAGAGGACGAGGAGGAGGAGGAGGAUGACGACUUCAGUCUGGAGCAGAGUGAUAGUCUGGACGAUGACGAGGACGACGCAGAUGGUGGCGAGGAUUCGGACGAGGAGGAGGAGGAAGAGGACGAGGAGGACAGUGAACAGGAGGACGAGGACUCGCUUGGGGACGAGGAGGAGGCUGGGGAUGAUGAGGAUGGUGACUUCAUGCUCAACAUGAAGGAUGAGCCGGGCAGCGACUCGGGCUGCACGGCCGUGGUGGCGCUGCUGCACGGCCGCCAGCUGUACGUGGCCAACAUCGGCGACUCGCGCUGCGUGCUGUCGCGCUCGGGCCGCGCCGUCGACAUGUCGGCCGACCACAAGCCCGAGGACGAGGCCGAGCUGCAGCGUAUCGUGCGCGCCGGCGGCAAGGUCACCAUGGACGGCAGGGUCAACGGCGGACUCAACCUCAGCAGGGCGUUCGGUGACCACGCGUACAAGGCGGACAAGAGCCUGCCGGCGGACCAGCAGAUGAUCUCGGCCUCGCCGGACGUGCGCUGCGUCACCGUCGAGCCCGACACCGACGAGUUCAUGGUGCUCGCCUGCGACGGCAUCUGGAACAGCAAGAAGUCGCAGGAGGUGGUCGACUUCGUGUCGGAGCGCAUUCGGGAGCAGGGCGAGACGCAGCUGUCCAACAUCUGCGAGGAGCUGUUCGACGAGUGCCUGGCGCCGAAUACGAUGGGCGACGGCACCGGGUGCGACAACAUGACCUGCAUCAUCGUGAGGUUCCUGCCCAGCCUGGCGCACGUGGAGGCGCCGGCGCCGACCGCCGUCGCCAGCGCCGCCCAGCGACCGGCCGAGGAACCGCCCGAGAAGCGGCAGCGCACCGAGUGACGCACGCAGCGUGGUUACCUCAGUCCCCGACGCCGGCCUCUAGCCGCCGUGUCGGAGUCGGCGGUCUCGGCCGCCCAGCGGGGCGCCGUUCCAGCGGUGAUGCUGGUGCUGCGCGGCGAUGAUGGCCCGGUCGUCGCGGUCAUCUAGCUCGAUUUUCGGGAGCUUGACACUAGCGCCGCCUCGCGGGUGACCUGUGGACGCUGGGGCGCGGUGGCCGUGACCCCGCCCCGCUGGUCCCGGGUGGACCGCGCCCGAGGGCGGCCGCUCUCUUGGCGAGGCCGACUUGAGGGCCGCUGGGGUGUGCCGAGUGAAGUUUGAGGACCGCUGGGACGCGACGGAUCUCGGUAGGGGCGGGUCGCAGUGCGGCGCCGCAGCCGCCUGGCGGCCGGCUGCUUCAGGACAGACCAGUGUGGCGACCAUCGUCCGCGCGCCGCACCGCGGUUCGAGGACCACUCAUUCUCGAACUGGGCCAGCGUGGGUGUCGGGACGGGAUUUGAGGACCACCUGGCCGCCAUCGCCACCGUUACAGGGGUCGCAUGUGCACCUGUGAAUGGGCUGGGAUCACUAGACGCGCGCCUGCCUGCAUUUCGAAGACUGCUCCGCGUCCGCCGGAUCGCCGCGGACUGACUGUGGACUGACUGCUGGACUGGCGCCGGGCUGCUGGCCGUCGUGCGUCGGACGCAGCCCCGUGUGUGACGGGCAUUCGGGGGACCGAUUCAGCGGACCGAGCAGACCAAGGUCUGCUGGCGUCGGUGUGGGAGACAGCGUGGUGUGCCUGGCACCCUGUUCGAUGUACGCGUGGUGUCAGUCCGAGAGCCGUUCGAUGUGUGCCUGUCAGCAGUCCCAGACGCCUGUUUGCGUGAAGAUCGGCUCACCGCCGUAAGGAUCGGUGUCCUCCGAAGGUUAGCGAAGCGGUCUGUACAAAUUGUUGGCAUGUGCACGCUUUGUUCACGUUCCUCGUUUGUCCUUGAUGUGAGAGCGGGACUAUAUUUUCUACAAUAAACAGUUCAACACGUUU